AUGAUAAGAUCUUUUGGAGCAUUUGGUACCGGAACUGGAGGCUCAGCAUUUGGACAAUAUUUAACCCAGCCACAGCAGCAGGUUCCGCCAAGUCCUCUCGAGGCUUUGCAUAAUGCUGCGUUGAAUUGUAGUGUAUAUGAGGAUGAGAGAGACACUACACUGGCAAGGUGGAAUUUACUGCAAGCUCUCUGGGCGACAGGCAAAGCUUACUACUCACAGAUGGCUCUUCCAGUUCAGCUGACACAGCAGAACCCAUUGUGCAGAUUUAAAGCUAUUGGAUACAGCUGCAUGCCGUCUUCAGACAAUGCUCAGGGACUAGUGGCAAUCACUUUCUACAGGAAAGAGAUAGAGAUCCGGAGCCAACAAGCACAGCUGAUAAGCGGUCUGAAUAUGGUACUGCACCAGCUUUUGAGCCUUGGUGCAGAUAGCGUGUUCGCACAAGUAGCACCAGACAAAGACCAGAUCAAGGAAUACCUAGAAAAUCCUCCAGCUGGCAUUGACCCUCGACUGUGGAAGCAGGCUCAGUUGGACAACCCAAACCCUGAAAAGUACAAUUCAGUUCCAGUGACUGCAUUUGGUGAAAUGCGAAUGCAGAGACAAGAGGCGGCACACGGAGAAUUUGAGCGCUACUCAAUGGAUCCGUCUGUACAGGAAUAUAUUAAACAGUUUCUGGUUAUGAAACAGAAGGGUAUGGUCCGCUUGACUGACACAAUCCAGACUGACUUGGCCACCUUGAAGAUUAUCAAGGAAGGAAUUACUAGGUUAUUACAAGAACGCUGA